AUGCUCAGCCUCGGCCACAACCAUCACCAAUUCUGCCGAUGCAACCGGGAUAGCAUCCUGCGCAACUUUCACAGUCUGGUGGCCGAGGGUGCAUCAGAACUGAGCGAGCUCUCGGCACCCAACCUUGAGGAAGUCAACGGCUACAUAUACCUGAUAGACCUGGAAAGCCUGGACACAUUGGACUUCCCCAACUUAACAUCAAUCAGCGACCAGAUCCGGUUGGUAGAUCUGCCAGGACUCUCCCAGCUGUCCUUCCCGGCAACGCUCGGGAAAUGCCCACGAGUCACCGUCAGCGGCACCGGCCUCCAGACGCUCGAAGGCGUUGAUCCAACCGGCACGACAGACGGCCUGAACAUCACAUACAACAAGAACCUCGCCGGGAGCCUCAACUUCUCCAUGACCUCCACCCGCGCAAGCACGCAGGGCAAAAUCACAAUCGAGUUCAACGCGCCCGGUCUCUCCGCCGCGUUCCCGAACCUGGAGACCGCGCAGCACAUCGACCUGUCCAACCUCUCGGCCGUUGAGCUGCCAGAGCUGACCGAAUGCUACGAGCUGGUCCUGCGCGCGAACACGUUCCAGAAGUUCAGCGCGCCGAAGCUGACCGACGUCGGCAACAGCACCACCUACGGCGUCUUCCUGCAGGACAACCAAGGGCUCGUCGACGUCGAGUUCCCGGCGCUCGUCCGCACGGGCGGCCUGACGCUGCAGAACAACAGCCGCGUCGACACGCUGACCAUGGACAAGCUGCAGCAGACGAACGAGGCCAUCGUGUUGGAAGGCUCGUUUACCAGCGUAUCCUUCCCCGACCUCCAAGACGUCCAACAAUUCUCCCUCCACACCUCGGCGACCGACUUCGACUGCGCGCCCCUCGAGCAAUACAAAUCCCAAAACGUCAUCAAAUCCCUCACCUGCGACACCGGCAACACCACCUCCUCCUCUUCCCCCUCCUCCAGCUCCUCCUCCUCUUCCUCCUCCCUCUCCACCGGCGCCAAAGCCGGCAUCGGCGUCGGCGUCGCCAUCGCCGCCCUCCUCGCCACCGCCGCGGCCGGGUUCUACUUCUGGCGCGCGCGGGACCGGCGGCGGCAGGAGGAGCGGCGCGCUGCGGCAGCCGCUGCUGCUGCAAGUGCAGAGAAUGGGGGCGAUAAGCGGGAUAAGGCUGAUACGCCGCCGGUGUAUGAGAGCGUGGCGCAUUUGCCGGCGAAUGGGUUGGGGGCGAGGCCGGGCGGCGGGGCAGGGAAGGAGGGGGGCAGGGACGGGAGCCCGGCGCGGUCGAGGCAUGAGAUGGAGGCGGAGCCGAAUCAGAUACAUGAGUUGCAUGCGGGGGAUACGUAUGUGGAGUUGGCGGGGGAGAGUGCGAGGCCGGCGAAGCGGUAG